AUGCCCGGCUGGUGCUCAGAAGAGACUCGUUCCGUGUGGAAAAUUCAGGGAGAGUUGUCAGGUGAUCCGGAGGGCCACGAUAGGAUUUGCUUCAAGAAGGUGGCGGUGGUGGAGGACUUCUUCGACAUCAUCUACAACCUCCACGUGUGCAAGGAUGGCAAGGAGCAGAAACACAUGGGCCAGAAGAGGACCUACCGAGCUGUGUCGGAGCGGUACGCCUUCGUGCCGCGAGAGGCAGUCACCAAGUUCCUGGUCCUGUGCACGGAAUGUCCUCGCCGAUCGGUGGGCGUGCACGUGAGCCUGGGUGUGCCUCUAGCCGUGGCCAACCUGCCCGUGCCGCCACCUGCGCUGCCGGUCCCCCACCCUCCCGCCGCCGCCGCCUCCUCCCCCCAUCAGUCGCCACACCCACCACCCCCGCCGCACUCACCACAUCUCCACCUUGCCGCAGAAAACACCACCAGCAGCACCAGCAACUGCAGCAGCACCUCCAGGAGUCAAAGAAGUCACAGAAGCAGCAAGAGGCGGCAGAGAGACAGCAGCAACAGGAGGCAGGAGGAGGAGAUCAACAGGCGGCAGGAGGAGGCGAAGGAGGAGGAUAAUGAUAACGUGGAGCUGAAGGUGGAUGGGGAUGACGAGGAGGUGGAUGUGGGUGAGUGGAUGUACGCCAAGAGGGUGAGUGCCGUGAGUCAUGAAGUGGAUUACAGGUUGCCCAUCACCAGCAUCUACCUGAAGCACUGCACCAACACCUUCGCUGCUGCCUACAACAACCACUACAACACCCACUACAUCAACAACAACAACAACUACUACAACAACUACAACUACUACCAGUGGAAGGACGGGCCGGUGAUGGCGGAGUCUGACGGCAGCGAGGAUGAAUUGAAGACUGCUGAGGUGGAGCGCAAGGUGGACACGAGGAGUCGCACGGAGUGGACACCCUUCCAGCAGCAACCUCUUGGCCUCACCUGGGCCGACCCCGCCCGCAGAAGCCCGUGCCCUUCACCAUCUGGAAGUGAGCGAGCGGCCACGGCCACGCCCCUCGAUACAGCCAGCAAUGCCGAGGACACCUCCAGCAAUGGCAACAAGGAUGACGAGGAUGAUGAUGCUGAUGAUGACAACGAUGAUGACAAGAUAGACGCUCAGUAUGACCCAGAACGGCUCAAGGCUUUCAAUAUGUUUGUGCGUCUAUUUGUUGACGAAAACCUUGACCGUAUGGUUCCCAUCAGCAAGCAGCCCAAAGAAAAGAUUCAAGCCAUCAUUGACGCUUGUGCCAGACAAUUUCCAGAAUUUGCUGAGCGCACCCGGAAGAGAAUCCGUACUUACCUCAAAAGCUGCAGGAGGAACAAGAGGACCCGGGAUUCUAACGGCUGGGAAACACCAUCUCGCCCAACACCACCUCACCUCACCAGCAUUCAAGCUGAGCAAAUUCUUGCAACUGCUUGUGAAAAUGAGGCUCAGAAUGCCAAAAGAAUGAGGCUUGGUUUGGAACCCAUUGCCCAACCAAACCCACUAAACCCUCAACCUCCCUCACAAGUUGGUUCAGACAAGCCUUUGUCCUUGGUUGAUGCUGUAAUCAAGACUGAGUCCAAUGCCCCCCACGUGUCUGCCCUGGCCAAAGCCUUAGAGCGGCCACUCACUGAUUCUAAAGUUAUGAAUGGCUCCUCCAUGUAUCAAGCAUCAUUCCAACAGAGCUUUCAGAAAGUGACCACAUUAACAGGGUCCACUGUACACACCCAGCCAGGCCUCACUCCUCUCCUGGCCACUACCUCUGCUCCAAUGCUAGCCAAUGGACCAACAGACCUGAGUGUCAAGGGGACCUCCAAGCCCACUCGACCCUCGCUCAACGCCGUGGAGGUGGCAGCUGUCCGACAGCUUAUUACUGGAUAUCGAGAAUCUGCUGCCUUCCUAUUGAGGUCUGCUGAUGAGCUGGAAAAUUUACUAAUUCACCAGCAGAGUCCGUAGUGUAUAACUGAAGUAAAUGUAUAAAUGUGAAGAUUACACUGUGUGCAUACAUUGGAUGGUGUAUAUGUGACAUUGCUGGUGUUAAUGGUUGUCUUAAUGCUGCUCACUUUUAAGAUGUAUAUGGUACAAUUUCAGUGUUUUAUGAAAUAUAGCUGUAGUAAAUAUAUUUAUUUACAGAUCUAAACCUAUUCUUUUUGUUUUUGUUACUCCAGUUAGUAAGAAAAGAGCAUGAAUGUGAAAAUAUUGGUGCUGUCCUUCAUGUCCAGUCACUGCAUAAGUGAAAAAUGCUAAUAUUUAUUAUUUUUUUCUGCUUUGAAUUUUGUACUGUAAAUGUUGAAUAUUUAUUUUCCUUAUGAUAUAGAAAAUCCCAAUACUUAAAACUUCUUUAUAGAAAAUUUUCUAGUUUACUAUGGAAGUGCCUCUUCACCAUAGAACAGUUUUCUUCAGGGGAGGUGCUCAGGUAACAGUGUACACUUGUCUCAUGAGUAGGUGAUGUCAUAAGCUGGCAAGUAGAUUGUGCUAUCUUCUCAUUAAGCUGUUAUUAAUUUACAGUACACUUCUCUGUACAUAAGAAAGGAUAUAUUCUUUUUGCAGCACCAACCUUUGAGUGUUCCUGCACCAUCUCUGCACCAACGGAUGGUUGCAAUACACAUUUAGAGUGAUACUUUCUGCUGCCUAUUAUACAUACUUAUGUACAGAGUGUUUCUAGCCUGUGUAGGAAGGAUAUUCUAGCAGAAAAGCAGUAAAAGCAAAACAGACCACUGCUGAUGCUGUUUUGUAGUCUGGCAGCCGUGACAUCACCUGCCAAACAAAACAAAAAGACAGUGGAUAUUCUUUCUGCAUCAAGGGUAUUAUCUACCUUUGUUAUUGUUCACUUUCCUUACAAUAGUAGACAGUGGAAAAAUAAUGCUCUAAAUACACACUGUGUGGAGACACUGCAGAAUGAUAACAAAGGUUCCUGCUUCAGAAGACUAUUCACUGUCUGUAUAUAAAAACAAGCAAGUGUUACUGUAAGCACAGAGGAAAACACUUGCCAACUCAUUCAUGUCAUUGGACCUGGAUGUGUCUCCUGAAAAAAACUCCACAUGUACAUUGUAGUGGGAUUUUGCCUAGAUGACAGAAAGCAAUGGUAAGAAUAGUAAAUAGAGGAUUUCAUAAUACUGUGUAGCUUUUCUGAUAUUGUGGGAUGAUACAAAACAAAUGAAGUUGAUCCCCAUAUGUUAUAUACAUACAGUAAAUCAGUGGCAAGAAGAGCUUAUCAUGUACUGUACUUCAAUCAAGCCUGCUGCUUCACCUUCCUUGGUCAUGUGUAGGAACAAUGGUCAUUUUGUUAGGAAGCAAUUCUGUUAAUGAAUUUCUUGUUUUUCAUCAUAACACUGAUUUGUCAAAAAUAAUAGAAAUUGCACAUUAAUUUCUUAACAUUUAUGUUUUAGAUAAUAGCUCAAACAAAAACUCAGAAAAGUUAUGUACUGUUUUUUUUUUUUUCCAUGUAUUAUAUGGAAGAUCACUUUCCACUUUUAUGUUGAUAAUUACUGUCUACAUUAUGAAUGUAUAUGUAUAGUUGUAUAUAGGUAGAGCCAAUUAAAUUAUUGGAAAUAUAUUAUGUCCAGUGUAGGGUGUGUAUGUAUGCCAUAGACUGUUGUGAGAUGUUACGGAGAUUUGGGCAUCCACCAUUGUCAAGUUUGUUCUCCAGGAUAUUGCUCCUAGUUAAAAUUUAGGUCAUUUUUGGGGUUUUCAUAGUUUGGUUCAGUAAGAAAACAGUUUUUAUUUGGUCUGGUUUCAUCAUAGAACACUGUUGAUUUGCACUUGCUAACUCCAGCAUAUCAGUAGCAAAUCAUCAGUUCCCAUCUUAAGUAAAUUGUUUAACAUUUGACUGAUAAGUUUCAUGUAUGAAAGAUUUUCUGAAUACAAAUUCUCAACAUCAGAGUGUAGCCCUCUGAAAUAUAAAGCAAAUAGGUAUUCAAAAUAUAUGAUAUUUAUAUUAAAAUUUUCUUCUUGAUUACUAAUUGUGACUGUUUGAUGUGGAGGUUUGUGCAAUCUGUGUUUUCCUUAUGUACUAUCUGAUCGUAUAUUUUUUGUACUGGAAAAAAAGAAACAUUCAUGUCCUGGAUAAGAAUUUGUAACAUAUUGUUUUUAUUUAUUGUUAAGCAGUUAUACAGAAACAUAUUGUGUAUACAGUAGGCAUUAUUCACUAAUGCAUUUAUAUGAAUGAUUCAGUACUUCUUCAGGUUAAUGAAAACCUCUUAUUUUCUAGUCAUGGUAUACUCCUCAUAAAUUGCAUUUCAGACUGAGAGAUGUACCUUUCAUUGUAAAGAUGUACAUACAAACAUGCAUGUGUAAUUCCAUUAUACAUCAAAGUUAUAUGUACAUAUUAUUUUUCUUAUCAACUCAUUUUGACAAUCAUUGGCUUAAAUAGUAGUGUAUGGAAAAGGUUAGACCUCUCAUAUUUUUCAAAAGUCUGAAUGCACUACUAGAAAAUUAAUGAAAGCUAUUUACUUGGGGGAUUUUCAUUAACAGUGCAAUGCAAUUAUUAUUCUCCAACACCCACAGUUCAGUGUUAUGUUUAAAGGGUAUAUACAGGCUUCAGAUGUUAACUUUGGGAGUCUUUUCAUGUGUUGAUAGUGAACUCCAAUAUACCAAAGAUAAGAGAUAUGUUUGAUCUCAUACAUUUAUGAUAGUUAUUUUUUCUACUGUUGUUUUGGACAGUGGUGUAUUAAUUUAUUUGUGUUAUUUUGAAAAUAUAUGGAGUAUAGAAAUAUAUAUUAUUUGGAUA